GUGCACCGCAAGACACGCGCGAAGUUGUUGUUGAUCGGAAAAUUCGAAGCCUGAAGAAAAGUGCUGAAACGUGAACCGAGUUGGGUUAAUCCGCGUUUGGAGAUCGAGGCGUAGAGUUCGCGUUCUGGCAGUUGUGGCGUCUGGUUUUGGGGUUUAUUCUACGGUUUCAAACAGUUAGAGGUUUUGUGUUUGGUGAAGAAUCAUCUAAUAACCUGAACGAGAUUCGACUGGAUUAAGUUACUGCUUAAGUGAUUCUUUGAUUGGUGCAUCAUGUGGUUGAAAGUGUUAAUCGGGUGCUGUUUGAUAGGUGCCCUCGCGGCCGACAAGAACGCAACCGAAGAGCUGCAGACCACGAAAGGGAAGCGCCAAACGGAUCACGAAACGAGAACCUUACCGCAACACGCCAGCAACUCCGCCAACCGCCGACAGCACAGCAGCGGCCCUCCGGCAGGAUACUUCCAAGACAGUGACGCCGCGGCCCAAUACUUUGCCCAACAAGCGGCCGGAGGUCAGCUCGUUUUUAGACCCCAGCAGCUCAAAGCGGCCAGCCAAGAGCAAGUGCAGGAGCUGCCCCCGGAGUAUCUCAGCCUGAUCCAGCAAUUAGCCGAGCAUCAGAAGCAUGGUGGAGCGCCAUCAGCCGGUGGAUCUAAGGCUUCCAAACAUCAGCAACAGCAGCAGCACCAGCAGCAACUUGCCUACGAAGUGGCCAGCUCUCAAUCCGAACAGUUUUAUCAUCAGCCACAACCUCAAGCCCAACGACAUCAUCACGCGCAACAACUUCAACAUCAACAACAGCAACAGCAACAGCAGCAUCAUCAUCAACAGGACAAUCAAAUCCAAUACAUCACCGAAGAGGAGUAUCAACAAAUUCUGAAGCAAGCUCAGGUGCACAAUCAGCAACAAGCCGCUGCCCAGCCUCAGUACGCGCGCCCAUCUGGAAAGCAAGAAUCGCACAAAUAUCGUCCGUCGGUUCAAUUGCUAGAAACAGCACCAGAUCACGGCCACUCCUUCUCUCAUCCUGAGGCUGAUCAGUUCCGCAUCCAGUACAAGAGCAUUCAGCCAACCGGGUCCGUAACACCAGUGCCGAAACCAAUUAGCUCUUUUCAGUUUGAAAAGGAACUCGCUAAGUUGGUGGAAUCCAAUCGCCCGUUGGCCUAUCAUCAGUCAAACAAUGCUCACCGACAGCCGGAACGAGGAGCCCACGAAACGCCACGAUAUGUGGCCAGCUCCCACGGUCACGAAUUCGCUUACACCCACCCGGGAGCUCAGGAACACGUUCCUAAGCAAUCUAUCAAGGCGCAAUACAUUGCUCCCUUCGCUCAACCCCAUGCUGGUCCAAAAGUAAACGCUGCUCAUCUACAGGUUGGUCCCCAGAAGUUUUCGGAAAGUCCUGCCCAAAAGUACCAGUUCAUCGUUCCGGAGGCACCAUCCAAAGCUCAACAUCCUCAGCAGUACUUCGCCGAAGUUUCCCAGAAGUACGCCGCUCAAUCAGGCGAAAAGCAUCAAGCCGGAGCACCAUCCCCGAAAAUCCAAUACUAUGUGCCCAAGGAAAAGAACCUGCAAAUCUACUACCCUCACCACAUCCAGGAGAAGCAACAACAAAUCGAACAGCACUCGCCACAACAUCCCAUGAAGAUUGUUGAAGCCCCACAGCUACAAAACGAAAAGCCUCACAAACAAGCCCAAGUUCAUCGUCAGAAGGCGCAGUACAUCGCCCGGGAGAAACAAGCCGAACAGAGCCAACAAUCGUACCACAAAUCCAAUGAGUCCGAUGGCCCAUCCCGAUCAGCGAUCUUUGUAUCCCAGCAGACAGGAGUAGCGCCAACGCAAGCUGCCCAAACCCAAACGACUACUGAGAAGCAACAGACUCAACACCAAACGCAGCACCACAAAAUUCCUCCCAAGAUCGACCGUCCUCUGACGCAGGAAGAAUUCCAAGCUCUGGUCGAUGCAGGAUACUCCGUAGUUCCCGUACCAGUUCCAGUCCCAGUGCCAGUUUCCCAAUACCAUGCCCAACAGGGAGCGUCCCGAUCAGGUGCUCCAGCCGUUGGCACGGCUCGACAUGGUCCGAUCGCUCAAGCUUCCCGGUACCAUCAGCACCAGCUGGCGGAGGCCGAAACCAAUCCACGUGGCCAAGUCAUCUCGUACAUCCGCCCGGUGCACAUCGACCCGUUCUCGGCCGGCAUCCGGGGUCCUAACAAGGCUGCACCCUAGGCGUGUGGAGGGUGGUGAUAUUAAAAAGAAAAGAAACUUAGCCCAUAAGGAACUCGUACUUAGUAAGUUAAGCUAAACGAAUAGUGUUUAGAGUAAUUUAUCGCAGCAUUCGUUGAUACUGAAAAUGCCACAAGAUCUGAUUUUAGUUAAAAUAUUGAAAGAGAAAGUGAAAAAAUUGUUAUAUCUAAUUUAUAAAACAUUGUACCUUCGUUGAAGUUUAGUGGAGAAAUAAAAGUUGAUACAAAAAUA